UUAUUAGCAGGUACUUCUGAAAAAGUAAUUUAACUUAAAUAAUAGAAAACGUAACGGUUAAAUUGUAGAACUGUCAUAUUAUAAUUUGUAACUUUAAUAUUAGAGAUGUGUAUUUUAUUUACUUUUCAUUUUCUGGAUCGUUGAUUAAGGAACAGUUUUCUUUAGUUUGUUCAUUUAUUGGUGUUUCAAUAUUAAAAGAAUCUUCUAACUGACGAUGUUUUCUUACCAAAGCAGCAAAUUUCAUCUGUUGUUGUGCAAUUUCAAAGCUUAGUGUUAAGCUUUCUUUCUCUAAAUUUCUUAACUCUUUAAAACAAUUUUCUUUUUUCUUAUGCAUUUCUUCGUAAAAUGUAGUGUCUGAUGGUGGUUCCAUUAUUUUAGAAUAACCUCUAGUUCCCGUUUACAAAUGAAUGAAUAUUAUAAUUAAUUGUUAAGAAUAAUUGUUUAGUCAAAGGUAGGCAGAUUUAUUUAAUUAAUGACAUGGCUGGUCAACAGUUUCUUUAUAGGUACCUACUCAUUGUUUAAUAAAAAUAUAUCGUUGUUAUAUAAUGUACCAUUACAAAUGCAAUAUUAAUUUUAAAGUGGGAUUUAUUCUUCGAAAUAAACUUAAUUGUUACAAAAGCAAGUAAUUCAGUUAUAUUUAAAUAUAAUAUUCAUUCCUGUAUUGUAGAGAAAAUGAUUAUCAAGCACAGAACUAAAUCGGUUUAAUAUUUUUAGCCAUUUACUAUUUCUAUGCGUUUUUUUGUUUUUUGAUACAUUUAAUGUAUUUGAGACUUUUUUAAAUGCCAUAUUCAACAGAUAUAAUGAGAUUAAAUACUAUUUAAAUUUCGCGCUUAACUUGCGCACUUGUAAUUACGCCGCCUCGAACAUCGGGCAUUUCUGUAACCAACGGGGCAUCCGGCACGUAUCAGCUUUGUAGGCGUUGCGGUCACUGUGAAAUCAAAUCAUUUUCGUUGUCUUGUCUUUUUUUUUUUUGGAAAGUCGUUUCUUUCGAAAAUUAGGUCCGAAUUUUCUUUUUCGCGAUGGAGAACUCAAACUCGGAAGGUGUCGUCCUACCGGACAUUUCCGAAGCCGAACAUCUUGCGAGUGAUCACGAUGGCGGCGAGAAUGGCGAAAAUGUCGUUGAAACAAAAGUUGUUCCGCAGAGGAUAUCACUUCAACCCGUACGCCAUGGUGCUGUCCCUGUCAGUUUACCAGUGGGUUCGCUUAUUACAAGCACAUUCAAUGUUAUCACUCAAGACCAGUUGCCACAUUUCAAGCCAAUGCUUUGCGUGGAUAAUAACGGAUAUUUAGCUACAGCUGAUGGAAGUGGAGGUGAAUUGAAAACAAUAGUAAUCCAGCAAGAGGAUGGACCCACUGGAGGAACCGUAGCAACUCCUGUAUCUGUUUCAUCGGGUACCAGUGUAACUGCUGGUUCCUGGAGUGAGGCUGCUAGUAUGCCAAUACUUCCAGUUAGAUGUAAAAACACUUCUGCAGAAUUACACAAAGAAAGAUUUGGUUCUGGAGGCCGAGGGCGAUGUAUUAAACUGGGUAACCACUGGUAUACCCCGAGUGAAUUUGAAGCUCUAUGUGGACGUGCUUCAAGCAAAGAUUGGAAGAGAAGCAUUCGUUUUGGGGGACGAAGUCUCCAGACAUUGAUUGAUGAAGGGAUCAUUUUACCCCAUGCAACUAGUUGUACUUGUGCUGCUUGUUGUGAUGAUGAGACCGCUACAGGACCAGUUAGAUUAUUCACACCUUAUAAGAGAAAACGAAGGAAAGAUGUAGAUGUGUCUCACAAGAAGCGAGACACUAGUGAAGACAGUGAUGGAAACAAUGCCAUACAGAAUCGUGAAGAAGCAUGGCAAAAUCUUGCUGAGGGUCUAGAUUCAAAUGAGUACCAACUUAUGGAUACAGUAGUGUCUGGUUCAGAUCCUUUGGCGGCCCUUAAGAAACUUGAAGAAAUUGCUGCCAAUGUGACUAAAUUGACAAGUGAAUUUAGAAGAGGCAUUGAAGAGGUAAAGGUGAUGAUCGAAAGACAGGCCGAAAAAUUCCAACGUGAAAAAGAUGCGGCCGUUUUAGCAGCAAGGGUUGAAGCUCAAGUGGCUGCAUUACAACCUGAGCCUGAUUCCACAUUACAGCCAUCUUUGGAUAAUGAACAUCAAAAGAAGUGCGCCAAUUGUAAUAGAGAAGCCUUAGCAGAAUGUUCAUUGUGUCGUCGAACUCCAUAUUGUUCUACUUUCUGUCAAAGAAAGGACUGGACAUCACAUCAGGUAGAAUGUGUACGGGGUGUGACGUCGGAAAGUGGUCCGCAGCAGUCCAUUAUGCUUAUUGUGGAGAGCAGUGACGGUCAAUAGCAAGAGGAGGAGCUGGAGGCUGAGCCACAACAGUCGUUACAGCCACAGCACGCUACCCAGUCUUUCUCUACCGUCUAAUAUUUGUUUACCUUACCAAACAUCUGAUGUGGGAUGUUUUUUCGUGUGCAGGUAGAUUUUCCUUUUUUUUCUUAAAUUCGAAAAAUCCUCCAAUUGAAAAUUUUUAUUUUGGUAAAUGGCACCAAAGGUAAAUAAAAAUACUUUUCUGCUUGUAAAUAGCAAUAAAGAAAUCCCUUAUUUAUUGACGUUUAUAAUCGUUGUUGAUAACAUCGUUAUGAAAAUUUUAAAAUGCCAAAAGAUAAGAUACCAAUUUAUAACAGGUGAAUGUUUUGUUUACUGGAAUUGUAUGUUUAUCUUUUUUUUACUGUUGUAAAUCUUUUUCUUGCAAUGUCUUAUCUAUUGGCACUUUCUCAUUGAGGGUAAAUAAAAUAUAUUUUUCUUAGGUUUUCUUAUUAUGCACU